AUGCUCUCCCGCUCCCUCCAGUCAUCUCGUAUUCUUCGAGCCUCUACCCUCCGGUCUGCUAUCGGAAUUGGUCGUCUGACCGCGAAUCGAACUCUGGCGACAAUUAACACUCCUCGAACAACGGACUCAAUUGCCCCCAGCUCUCGACUGUCGACCAUCUCUCGUCACUUUACCUCGUCAGCCUCCUCAAACAAGCAAUCAUCCAACAUGGCACCCGUGGAGACACAACAGUAUGACUACAUCGUCAUUGGCGGUGGUAGCGGUGGCAGUGGUAGCGCCCGCCGCGCCGCUGGCUGGUAUGGCAAGAAGACCUUGAUUGUCGAGAGCGGACGCUCCGGCGGUACUUGUGUGAACGUUGGCUGUGUUCCCAAGAAGAUGACCUGGAACUUCGCGACCAUCAACGAGACCCUCGAGAUUGGCAAGCACUACGGUUACGAGAUCCCCGAAAAGGUCAAGUUUGACUACACCCACUUUAAGAACACCCGUGACGCCGUCAUCAAGCGUCUCAACGGUGCCUACGAGCGCAACUGGGGCCGCGAAGGAAUCGACCUCGUGCAGGGUCGCGCUGGGUUCGUCGAGCCCAAGGUCAUCGAGGUCAAGCUGGCCGAUGGCUCCGGCACUGUCCGCUACACUGCGCCGCACAUUCUGCUGGCUACCGGUGGCCGCCCCAGCCUUCCUUCCGUCCCCGGUGCCGAGCACGGUAUCACCAGCGACGGCUUCUUCGCUAUGGAGGAGUUGCCUCCUAAGAUUGCCGUUGUUGGUGCUGGCUACAUUGCCGUUGAGAUUGCCGGUGUCUUGAAUGCCCUUGACGUUGAUACCCAUAUGUUCAUUCGUGGUGAGAACUUCCUCCGCAAGUUCGAUCCUAUGAUCCAGAAGACCAUGACCGAUCGUUACGAUGCCGCCGGUGUCACCCUCCACAAGAACCACACUGGUUUCAAGGAGGUGCAACUUAUCCGCGAUGGCAAGGGCAAGGACCGCCUGCUCAAGCUUAUUGGCCACGAUGGUUCCGAGAUGGAAGUUAACGAGCUCCUCUGGGCUGUUGGCCGUGCCCCCGAGGUUGAGGACUUGAACCUGGACAUCCCCGGCGUGAAGCUGAAUGCCGGCGGCCACGUCGUGGUCGAUGAGUACCAAAACACCAACGUCGAGGGUGUUUACGCUCUUGGUGACAUGACUGGCCAAGCCGAGCUCACUCCCGUUGCCAUUGCCGCCGGUCGUCAACUGGGCAGCCGUCUCUUCGGUCCCCCCGAGCUGAAGCACUCCAAGCUCUCCUACGAAAACAUCCCCACUGUCGUGUUCUCCCACCCCGAAGUUGGCUGCGUGGGUCUCACCGAGCCCGAAGCCCGCCAGCGCUACGGCGAUGACAAGAUCAAGGUCUACCACACCAAGUUCACUGCCAUGUUCUACGACGUGGGCCUGUCUCCCGAGGAGAAGGCCAAGAACCCCACUGAGAUGAAGCUCAUCUGUGCCGGUCCCCAGGAGAAGGUUGUUGGUCUGCACAUUCUUGGUCUUGGCGUUGGCGAGAUGCUGCAGGGCUUCGGCGUUGCUGUCAAGAUGGGUGCUACUAAGCAGGACUUUGAUAGCUGUGUUGCCAUUCACCCUACCAGUGCUGAGGAGCUUGUGACUCUGCGGUAG